AAGUGUUGGCAAUGCUUUUUAUGUCUUGCAGUGUCAAAGUAGCGCAAUAAAAUCAAUCUUACACUUCCAUUACAUAUUACCUGUGGUUCUUGUUUGCAUUUUUAGCUUUUUUUAAUGUCUUAGUUUAUGCACCCUAAUUUAAUAUUGCAUGUAGGCCUACAGUUAUGUUAGUCCUCUAGACACAUGUGUCCCAGUAUGUGCCCCAGUGUUUGUGUGCGUGCGCGCGUACAUAUAUAAUAUUUGUUAUAAUAAUUGUUUACAAUUAAUUAUUCAAUUAAUGAAUUAUCAGUGAAGCUAUAAAUUGGGAACAUGGCCAUAACACAUUGUCACUUGAUAGUCACACCAAUUUGUAUUGCUGGUGGUUACUCUCUGACUCAAACAACAAUAAUGAAUCCAAAAAUGUAUGAACAAAUUAUGAACUAUAAACAGCAAGGCACAUACCCUGUUGGUAUAAAGAAGGAGCAAAAAUAUAUUAUACGCAGGCGUUCUUCCAACUUCCAAAUUGAUGGUAAGCAAAGUACUUUUGAGUUAAGAUUUAAAAAUAUUUAUUCAUAAAAGAAUUAAAUAACAAUAAUGCUGUUUGAAUAGAUGGAAAACUUUACCACCUUUCAAAAAAAAAAAUGACGUGGAGUUAAAAAAACAAGUGGUUGUUGGGGAAAAUGAAGCAAAUGAAAUUUUUCAAGAUUUUCAUGCAAGCUCCCAUGGAGCACACUGUGGAACGGAGAAAACAAAACUUGCCAUUUCAGCCAGAUUUUACUGGCCUGGAAUGGGGGUGGAUAUUGAUAAAUGGGUAAGAUUUAAAUAAUUUCUUUCAAACUUGUUAUGAGAUCUUAAUGGAUUGUUUCUCAUUUGCUUAUUUCUGAUUUUCAGGUAUAAUAUUUUAGUUUUUUUUCUUUCUGACCAUGUGUAAAAUUUAAUAACAAAAUGGGUCUUGCAUGCUUUUAGCAAGUUGUGUAAUUAUAUAUAGUUAUAUAGUUGUCUAAUAUUGUGUUCAUUUAUAUUUAGGUGGACCCAGCAAAAUAUGAUGUGUUGUUGGGUAUUGUCAAUGAAUGUCACCACUGGUUUUUCAUGGUAAAUGCUUCUGAUUUGAAAACGGACUCUUCUUGAAACUUUCCCUAUUCUCAAGUUUUUUAUUUUUUGUUAAAUCUAGGCUAUAUACCCAGCCCAAAGAAAAGCUCUUCUUCUUGAUUCUCUUGGAGAGACUGAGGUGAAGAAAAAGAAGUGUUUGGAAAUGGCAAGGUAUUAUAAUUCGGCAUAAUCUGAUAUUGGAAGUUAACUGACAGACAGACAGAAAAAAAAAAAAAAAAAAAAACCUUUUUGCAGCGCAAUUAUGAAGAAACUUCCAGUUUCACAUUGGGUGUGUGAAACACUGCCUCACCCACAUCAAAAAGAUGGAACAUCAUGUGGUGUGUUUGCGUUGAAGUUUGCAGAAUACAUCCUUAUAGAGAAUGAAAUUGACUUCUGCAGUGCACCACAAGAAGUGAAACGACUCCGAUUAGAGAUUGCAUCAACACUUCUUGACCAAUCUGAUGAUCUAAGUGACCUGUGUCACUUUUGUGGGGAGGCAGAGACAUUUGAUCAAUCUGAGAAUGUUCUCUGGAUUUCCUGUGACCAAUGUGGGCGAUGGUUCCACGUGGCCUGCGUUAAUAAUCCAGCAACAGAAGCAGACUACAAAUGCUUUUCCUGUAAAUAAAAAAAUGAAAAUGUAAAAACGUUUAUUUUCUUGUUUAUCUCUUUGGAAAUUGCUAUGGUAUACCUGCUGUAAAUUUGUCUCUAAAAUGUAAACCUGUGUAUGGCAAACAUGCUGUCUAAAAUAAAAUUCCGCUUAAGGAAUAAGGGAAAACCUUCUAGAUUACGUUGAGAAACUUAAUUUUCAGAUUCGCGAAAAAUACGAACUUUAAGAACCACUCUGCUUCCCGUACAUCCAGUUGUGCUUCCCGGGUACGUUGUUUGCGAUCAUACGUAUGGUGCCUCGGCAACAACGCAAACCAUGUAGUUUAAUUGCGUAAAGGGGAACAGACAUUCCGAGGGGAACAGAAUCGACU